GUAACAAACAAAUUUUCUCCAUAUCCCACCCAUCUUCCUCAGUUCGGACAGUUUCAUAUCCGCCACACUCUCUUCCCAUCUCAAACUCCUGAUCGUACAUGGCGCAUUUGAUCAAGAACUUCAAGGUCCCGCCGAACUCGACGAGCCUGGAGGAGGCUCGCCGGAGGACGUUCGACUUCUUCCGGAUGUGCUGCAGAUCCAUUCCUCAGAUCAUGGAGAUUUACAACUUGCAGGACGUCGUGACCCCCUCACAUCUCCGCUCCUCCGUUGCUUCGGAGUUCCGCAGGAAUUCCAAAAUCACUAACCCUAAGGUGAUAGACAUGCUGCUGUUCAAAGGGUUGGAAGAGCUGAAGAAUGUGGUGGAGCAUUCAAAACAAAGGCAUCACCUAAUCGGCCAAUACGUCACCGGUGGUCGUCAAGGUUUGGGGGCACAGAAUGUGGCAGACCACCACGACGACACCAGCUCUGACUUCCUCAAGAACUUCUACAGGACCAACUACUUUUGAUGGUCUCAUCUCCUUUUAAAACAUCACUCCAUCUCAAUAAAACAAAGUGAAUGUUUUUUUUUCCUUCAAAACCCCCUUGCCUUUUGGAUGAUCAAUCACUUAUUUUCCUCUCAAGAAAGAAGGGACCAGCCAUCAAUGUCGAUUGAGGUAAAAUCGCUUGUUCUUGGAAUCCAAAGUAGUUUAUUUCGCACCGAAUUUGUGCUUCCGAGCACGCGCCUAAAAUUUGUGCCAGUUUUAUUUGUGGGAAUAUACUGAGUUUGUUGUU